AUGGCUAAUUAAAGUACUAAAGACAACAGUAUUAUUUCCGGAUAAAGCAAGAAAAAGAUUCCAACCAAGUAUAUACUAUCUGAGUACCAGAGUAAGAAAUCUGAAAAUCAAUUAGCCUAUAAGUCUGAAUAACAGAAAAUUGAAGAAUAGCUUAAAAUACUAACUUCUUAUCAAAUCAAUGACCAUUCGUAGCCAUUAAUGUCAAAUAUUCAAGAUAUAACGAAUAAUGAUUAUGAUAAGUUAUCUUAAAUUGAAAGUCUUUCAAACAGCUAACCCACAUGA